AUCACGUUCGGUUUCGCACGACUACUCAGGCUAUCGGGGUCUCCAAAAAUUAGGUUUCGCCAUGUCACGUGUCGUCUCAGUGGAGGCUGCGCUUCUAUUGCUUGCUUUGUAUAUGAUCAAAAGGGCGCUCUUCGAUAAAAAGAAGAAUGUCGCACCGCUUCCGCCAGGGCCUAAAGGGCUUCCGCUUAUUGGAAACAUCACGGAUAUGCCGCCGACGGGGAUGCCGGAGUAUCAACAUUGGCUGAAGCAUAAAGAUCUAUAUGGUCCGAUAAGCUCGGUGACAGUUCUCGGUCAGGUAAUCAUCAUCCUUCACGACAAGAAUAUAGCGCAUGACUUGAUGGAGAAACGUUCCACAAUACACUCAGGGAGGCCGAGGAUGGUGUUUGCCUUUGAGAUGUGUGGGUGGUUAGAAACGCUAUCAAGCCAACCAAACAACAGCAGACACAGGCUCUAUCGCAAGUAUGCUCACCAAGAGAUUGGCACGAAGGCAGCAGUAUCACGGUUCUCUGCGAUACAAGAGGCCGAGGUGGGCCGGUUUCUUUCGCGGAUGAAUCGUACACCGGAUGAAAUGAUCGCACAUCUCAAAACAGAAGCUGGGGCAACGAUCCUUAAGAUAACUUACGGCUAUAACAUCGAGCAACACAAAGAAGAUCCACUUGUCAAAGUUGUUGAUGAAGCUCUAGAGCAAUUUUCGGCGGCGGUAGUGCCAGGGGUAUGGAUGGUGGAUAUUCUUCCCAUUUUGCGAUAUCUUCCGGACUGGUUGCCCGGAGUUGGAUUCAAGCGCACCGCUCGGUUGUGGAGGAAAACACUGACGGAUGUGGUCAACAACCCGUACAUAUAUGUCAAGCAGCGAAUGUCGGAUCACUCGAACGAAGAUUCUUACGUGUCAAAACUCAUCGAGCAGAAUCUACCGACUCUUGGACCGGAAGAAGAGCAUGCGAUCAAAUGGAGUGCUGCAUCACUGUACACAGGCGGUGCAGACACAAGUGUCUCAACCAUGACCUCCUUCUUUCUCGCAAUGAGCAUAACUCCUGAAGUUCAACGCAAAGCACAGGAAGAGAUUGAUCGGGUAGUAGGAUCGUCAAGACUACCAACUUUCAGUGACAGGGAAAACCUACCAUAUGUGGAUGCAAUUGUCAAAGAGGCUUUACGAUGGCAUCCCAUUGCGCCUAUGGGACUUCCUCACAUGGCAGAUCAGGAUGAUACGUACAACGGGUACUUCAUCCCCAAAGGGUCACUAAUCAUACCGUCUAUCUGGUGGUUCACACACAAUCCCGAAACCUACCACGAUCCGAUGACGUUUAAACCAGAGCGUUAUCUAGCGCCAUUCAAUGAACCAACGCCCUGGGAUGUGGUUUGGGGCUUCGGAAGAAGGGUCUGCCCUGGCCGUGUGGUAGCGGAUUCAAACAUCUAUCUUAUGUUUGCUCAGACUCUAGCUGUGUUCGACAUCAAAAAAGCUGUUGACGAAAGGGGGGCUGAAAUCGAGCCUGAAAUCAAGUUUAAAGCAGGGAUUAUCAGCCACCCAGUGCCGCCCAAGUGUAGGAUAACACCACGCAGUGAGGUACAUGAGAAGUUAAUCAGCGAAGUGGAGGUAAAGUAUCCUUGUGGAGAGAGCGAUGCCAAAUUUCUUUAGAAAAUAAAGAAAUUCAAGUAAUAGGUUUGGGCUUUAAGGCCACCUCGUUUAGACUUUGUGGUGGCGGCAGGAGUACCUGUACUUAGGGUUAAGAGUCCAGCAGAAUGCAAUUACGCCGCAGCAGGUUGCCACAUUGAGCCAG